CACCAGCCGUCAAAGAAACGAAAACAUGAAAAUAUUCAAAAGAAAUCUUAAAUUCAAAAACUUUGCAUGUUUUCGCAAUAAAAGUAAUAAAAUAAUUAAAUGUGGAAUAAAUUGUAGAACAGCCAAAACAUGAACGUAAAUAUUUUAAAAGCCUAGAAAAUCAAAUGACACUGUGCAGUUGCAAUUUGGUUGCCACACGAAAAGGACGCGAUUUCUUCAGACGUAAAAAAACAGAAAUAUUGUAGCUGUCGUGUAAAAUAUUUUAAAGUGAUUAAAUAAAAAGUUUUUAAAAUUGCUUUAUAACUCUUAAACGGAAACUUGCCUUUAAAAAGAGCGAGUGCUAAGAAAACUUUAUUUGUUAUUGAAAAAGAAAAUAAAAUCUUGCCAAAGUUGGCAGGCGGUACGGGUCAAUAGUGUUUGUUUUAGCAACUAGUGGUUGCGACAAAAUUUUUUUUUAUUAUCCACAUGGUGUAUGUUUGUAUGAAUCAGUGUUGGGAAUUUAUAUUUAAAUACUAAUAAAACACGCUAACUUUUUCUAAAACAGCAACAACAAUUAAAACAAUUUAGGAUUCUAACGAUUUUAAAACGGAAAACAAAAACGACAGUAACAAAUCAAAGUAUAAAGAAAAAAAUGUCCGUUUAUGCCUGGGGCGCCAAUUCACAUGGUCAACUUGGCCUUGGUUAUGAAUCGGAAAUGUGUACUACACCGCAACAAUUAAGGAAAUGCUCAUUCACACCGUCUAGUGUGCGUUCAAUUAGAGGUGGUGGUGGUCAUGUUUUGAUUUUAGACGCAUGUGGACGUGUACAUGCAUGUGGUUGGAAUAAUCGAGGUCAAUUGGGUUUAGACUCAAUAAGAGAAUGUGUAAGUGAAUUUAAGGCAAUACCGGGGAAAUUCUUUCAGGACGAUACUGUCGAUCUCAUAGCCUGUGGUUGGGAUAUAUCAGGCUGCAUAACUACAUCACGUAAACUUUACGUCUGGGGUUCGAAUGCUUUUCAACAGCUGGGCAUCUGUCAACGUGGUUUUACUUCAAUACGCAAACCGUUUCACAUGCAACUGCCACGUAACGAUACACCAUUGCGCAUUAGUUUUGGUAUGCGACAUACUGCAGUACUAACUGAUGAUUCCAAAAUUUAUAUUUAUGGACGUUUAAGAAUCUCUGAUAUGCUACCCGAUGAAAUAAGUAUCGUUAAAAUCAGUCAAAGUUCUAUGGUGGUGAAAUUAAUACCGCGCUUAAGUGGUGAAUUGGCAAUACAAAAUAUUGUUAGUGGACAAAAUCAUCUUAUGAUGCAUUUAGCUGCAGCCGAAGAUCAGGCGGAAAAUAAGGCGCCUGCUAAACGUGUUCUAGUCUUGGGAGAAAAUAAGUUUGGUCAGGCCAAUUCGUUUCAAUUUGAUGAAGAAAUUAUUGCUAUAGCAUCGGGUUGGACUCAUAAUGCUGUGCUAUUGAAGGACCAACGUAUACUCUUGUGGGGUCGCAAUUGUUAUGGUCAACUGGGUUUGGGUAGCUAUUCCGAAAGCCAUCCUACCCCCGUGGAAUUGAACUUUUCCAAAGCCAUCUUACCAGUACAACUACAUUUGGGCUCCGAACAUGGUUUGUUUAUGUCUAAAGAGGGAGAUAUUUUCACUUGGGGUUGGAAUGAGCAUGGUAAUUGUGGCAAUGAUUCAACUAAUAAUGUUUGCAAACCAAAUCUGGUCGAUUUGCCUACCUCCUGUAAAAUAGCUGGUUGUGGUGCUGGUUUUUGUAUUGCUAUUUGUGAUAGUACUAAUUAAAACUUAUGAGAAUGUUUUAUACAAUUCUUUGUUAUUUUAUUCUGUAAGAAACGAACGCUAUUGUUUCGGUGCCAUUGAGUGUCUUAGUACUUUUAUUAUGUUUUCUAUUUAAUUUUAUAUUCUUUUAUUUUAUAAGAUCUUUAUCGAGGUUUUAUUGUAGUUGCAACACUAGCUUUAUGUUUUGUAAUAUGCAAAUAACGAAUGCACAAAUAAAGUUGUUAAUUUGUUUUUUAA